AUGAAUGGAAAGCUUAGCAUUGCAACAACACCCGGCGAGGCCGAUCCUCCACAAGCAUCAAAUUUUGCCGACUCGCCGCUUCCUCCUCGUUUGUUCCCCGAUCCGCCUAAUGUGGACGACCCCAUUCCGAUUGAAGUGCCGCCUUUUGUCCCUGAAUUCCCGGUUUAUAUAUUUUACUUGGGGGAAAGGAAACACGAUGAUCGUAAGUUGGUGAUUCGGUCACACCUUGAAAUCUUGAAAUCAGUUCGUGGAAGUUUUAAAGCAGCCAUGAAGUCGUUGGUCUACAGUUAUAACCAUGGAUUUUCUGGCUUUGCAGCUAAGCUCAAACCUGCCGAGGCAGAGAUAUUGAAAAAUCAUCCUGAAGUUAUUAUUUUUCUGGAAAACCGAAAACUUGAGAUGCAAACGACACAGACAUGGGAUUACUUGGGCCUUUUUUCUACUCCAACGUCUUCUAAAGGUCUUCUGCAUGAAACCAACAUGGGCAGUGGUGCUAUUAUGGGCGUUAUAGACUCUGGGAUAUGGUCAGAAUCAGGCGUCUUCGAUGACAAUGGAUAUGGACCCAUACCAAAAAAAUGGAAAGGACAGUGCGUAUCUGGGGGACAGUUCAGUCCUGCAGAUUGCAACAGAAAGCUUAUUGGAGCUACGUAUUACAUUGAUGGUCUUAAUGCGGAUCUUGAAAGAACUAUCAACAGUACUACAGAAUAUAUAUCUCCUAGAGAUCAUAAUGGCCACGGGACUGAAGUAUCUUCAUUGGUAGCUGGUUCGUUUGUUUCUAACGUUACGUUUCCCGGUCUCCCUUCUGGUUCAACCAUGAGAGGUGGCGCUCCUAAGGCGCAUAUAGCGAUGUAUAAAGCAUGUUGGGAUGUGGAAGGAGGGAUGUGUUCAGUUGCUGAUAUCUGGAAAGCUUUUGAUGAAGCCAUUCACGAUGGUGUUGAUGUUUUGUCUGUUUCUAUCGGCACCUCAUUAGUGCGUAAAGCUAUUGAUGUUGAAAUCGAUAUUGCAAUUCCAGCACUACACGCUGUGAAUAAAGGCAUUACUGUUGUUUCUCCAGCUGGUAACGGAGGACCCUACACUUCAUCGGUCAUUAACGUGUCUCCAUGGAUAUUAACCGUGGCUGCGACUAGCCUUGACCGGUCUUUUGCCACAUUGAUCACACUUGAGAACAAUAAAACGUUACUGGGUGAGAGUCUGUACACAGGACCAGAAAUUGGCUUCGCUGCAGUGUUUUCUAGUCUUGAUAAUCUUGAUCAAAUAAAAAAGGGUGCAGUCAUGGUGUACUUCUAUUCGAUUGAGGCUCCGCCUAGUCCCGAAAUUGUUAAGGUAAAUGGUGGUAUCGGUGUAAUUUAUGUGAGAGAUACGAGGGAUCGUAGCUUUUUUGAAUGUCCCGAAAACUUUCCCUGUAUCUACAUGGACUAUGACUUUGGAACCGAGUUACAUUUCUACUUCGAAACUGCGAGCUCACCCAAGAUUAAGAUAAGCCCAUACAAGACAAUAAUUGGUGACAGUGUAGCAAGUAAAGUCGGAGCAUCAUCGGGGAGAGGGCCUAGUUCAUUUUCACCCGCCAUCCUUAAGCCGGACAUAGCAGCCCCGGGUCUGACCUUAGUAACAUCUAAAAUACCGACAGACCAAGACACCAGCGAAUUCGCUUACUCAGGAACAUCAAUGGCAACUCCGGUUAUUGCAGGAAUCGUAGCACUCCUCAAGAUUUCGCAUCCGGAUUGGUCUCCUGCUGCUAUCAAAUCAGCUCUUGUCACAACAGCCAUGAAAACCGAUCCAUACGGCGAGCGUGUGAUUACAGAUGGAGGUAACCGUAAGGAAGCAGAUAUAUUCGAUUACGGAGGAGGUCUUGUUAAUAUGGAGAAAGCCACAGAUCCUGGUCUUGUAUACGACAUGGACAUGAAUGAUUACAUACAAUACUUGUGUUCCGCAGCUCUUUACACAGACAGGAGAGUUUCUGCUAUAACCGGAAACGUCACUACUAAGUGUCCGACCUCAGGUUCAUCGAUUCUUGACGUCAACGUACCAUCCAUUACCAUACCAAACCUCAAGGGAAACAUUACAGUGACACGAACGGUGACCAAUGUUGGACCCGUGGAUUCGGUUUACACACCUGUGAUCGAGUCUCCUUUUGGAUUCGACGUCGUGGUCUCGCCGGAGAAGCUAGUGUUUGACAAAGGAACCAACAAGGCUAAGUUUACGGUUUAUAUAGUGUAUUUAGGCGAGAGGCAACACGAUGAUCCUGACGUGGUCGCUGAAUCACACCACAGGAUGUUGGAAUCGGUUUUCGAAAGUCCGGAAGCUGCUCGAGAGUCCAUCAUCUACAACUAUCACCAUGGAUUUUCCGGGUUUGCAGCCAAGCUUACAGACUCACAAGCUAAGAAACUUUCAGACCGUCCUGAUGUUUUCCAGGUCUCACAAAAUCGAAAUGUUGAGUUGCAGGGCACGAGGGUUUACGACUAUUUGGGUCUUUCGCCGAGUUUGCCCAAAGGAAUUCUUCAUGACAGCGACAUGGGAAGUGAUAUUGUCAUUGGUUUUCUUGACACAGGAAUAUGGCCGGAGUCUGAGGCUUAUAACGACAAAGGGCUUGGACCGAUACCGAAACACUGGAAGGGGGAAUGUGUAGCCGGACAGGCUUUUGACCCAGCAAAGCAUUGCAACAAGAAGUUGGUUGGAGCAAAGUACUUCUAUGAGGGCUGGAAGGAGAGCAAUCCUGGGGUCAAACUCGGUAGAAAUGAGUUUAUUUCCGCUAGAGAUGGUGGAUUACACGGAACGAUGACUUCUUCAAUUGCAGCCUCUUCAUUCGUGCCUAAUGCGUCAUAUAUAGGAGGUCUUGCCCAUGGAGUCCUGAGAGGCGGUGCUCCAAAGGCUCGUAUAGCUAUGUACAAGGUUGUUUUUCACAAAGAGUUUGGUGGAAUCGUUGCGAGUGUGAUGAAGGCAUUUGAUGAGGCCAUAAAAGAUGGCGUUGACGUAUUGUCGGUUUCAUUGAGCUCAACGUCGAUGCCUCUCCGUCCAUAUACCGCUAUUACGGAAGAUCUCGAGAUUGGAGCGUUCCAUGCGGUGACAAAGGGCAUUCCGGUUAUAACUGGUGCUGGUAAUGCAGGCCCUGACGCUUACACUGUGAGUAAUGUUGCUCCGUGGCUUCUCACAGUUGGUGCAACAAGCUUGGACCGUAGCUUUCAUGUAGACUUGACAUUUGGAAAUAACAUAACCAUAUCGGGUCAAUCUUAUUAUACAGCUGAGGAAAUAUCUGGUGAUUUAGUUUGCGUCGAAGACUGGAGAAAGAUCCCUUCUAGCGUCGACGGAAAAGUUGGCCUAGCAUUUGUGGAAGAUGAUCAGGACUCGAGGGAAGCUGCGAUGUCAAUAGAUAUCGCCCAAGCCUCAGCGGUGAUCAUUGCACGAAGUUCUGAUAAUAUACCUGAAGAUAUGUACGGAACCCAAGUCGUCUUCGUAGACUAUGAGGUCGGAUCUAAGAUUCUACAAUAUAUGCAUUCGUCAAGUUCACCCACGGUUAAAAUAACUACUGCUAAAACGGUCGUGGGGCGUCCUCUACCGACUACAGUUUCGGGAUUCUCAUCUAGAGGGCCUAGCUCCCAGUCUCCAUCCAUUCUCAAGCCUGAUAUAGUAGCCCCUGGUAUGAUGAUUCUCGGAGCUGUCCCUGGUAUCUCGCCCUAUCGCAAUAAAUUUGAGAUUGGUCAAGGAACAUCUUAUUCCACUCCCGUUGUUGCGUCAAUUGUCGCACUUCUCAAAGCUUUACACCCGGACUGGUCUCCUGCUGCGCUAAAAUCCGCCAUUAUGACUACAGCGUGGAAGACCGAUCCUCACGGGCAGCCAAUCUUUGCGGAAGGAAAACCACGGAAACUGGCUGAUCCAUUUGACUACGGUGCAGGACUCGUAAACGCGGAAAGAGCCAAAGAUCCAGGACUCGUUUACGACAUGAACCUCGACGAUUACAUCCACUAUUUCUGCGCCUCUGGUUACAACGACACUUCAAUCACCAUACUCACCGGAAAACAAACUAAAUGCGGGACUCCGUUACCAUCUCUUUUCGACGUUAACUAUCCUGCCAUCACGAUUCCCGACCUUAAAGAAAGAGUAACCGCCACAAGAACAGUGACUAACGUUGGACCUGUGGAUUCGGUUUACAAAGCCGUGAUCGUUCCUCCGAAAGGUGUAAAGAUUACUGUUGAACCCGAGACUCUGGUUUUUAACUCGAGCACGAAGAAACUUGUGUUUAAAGUAAGGGUCUCGUCGAGUCACAAGAGUAACACUGGUUACUUUUUUGGUAGCUUCACUUGGACUGAUGGUACUCGAAAUGUUACCAUUCCUUUGUCUGCGAGGACUCGUGUUUUACACUUGGACUGA